UCAAAUAAACCACAGGAAGUAAGACUGUAAAAGCCCUCAGAUCAGUUUCUUCAAGUCUACCGUUAGCGAAAAUGUCAUCCAGUGAGAAUUUUAUGUAUUUUGCUUAUGGCAGUAAUUUACUGAAGGAGAGACUGCAGCUGAAAAACCCAUCAGCCGUGUUUCACUGCGUCGGCAGAAUACAGGGCUACAGGCUGGAUUUUGGUCUCUCAGGCGACAACACUAACUGUGCUUGGCAUGGUGGAGUGGCCACAAUACAGGCCAGUGAAGGAGACGAGGUGUGGGGCGUUGUGUGGAGGAUUGACCAGCAAAACCUGCCUUCUUUAGACAGACAGGAACAGGUUGAUGAAGGAGUCUACAGUCCAUUACAGGUCAAAGUGGAAACAAAAGAGGAGCCGCUUUUCUGCCGGACGUACAAGAUGAACAACUUCACACCCUGUUCACCUUCACCACAGUAUAAAAAGGUUGUGUGUUUAGGGGCUCAACAGAACGGUUUGCCUCAAAGCUACAUACAGAAGCUUCUGGAACUGCAGACAAACAACUACAGCGGCUCUUCUGUGCUGGAUCAGAUUACAGAUAUCCAGAAAUGACAAUUAUUCAACACCUAUUCCUGUCAAUGAAUCAAAAAUAAACUCUUUGACACAAAUGUCA